AUGACUGUCGACGUAAAGAGAAUCGCGAAUCUCAAGUCAGUUUCCCUGGCUGGAUUACUCACCGGCCAAGCCGAUGCUAUCGAUGAUCUUGUAUCGUCCUGCAAAACCUACGGGUUCUUUUAUCUUGACUUCCAAGACCCAUCAACAAGCGGUAUCCUCAAGCUCGUUGAACAACUUGCUGUCAUUGGCAAGACAGUCUUCAAGCUCCCACUAGAGGAGAAGGAGGAAUACAGCACUGAGAAAUAUCUGCCAUCCAGACUUCUAGGCUACAAGCGAGCCGGAUGCUCUGUUGGGCCGUUUUCUGGAAAGAAAGAUGGCUACGAGAGUUUUUCGAUUCACAACAAUGGCAUCUUUGGCGAAGACGCAAUGAUCGUUCCGGAAGACAUUGAUCAAAACCUAGCGUUGUUCAAAAUGUUCAUGGGUGAGGUUCAUGGAUAUACCGAUUGCAUUCUUUCCAUUUUGUCUGAGGCUUUGCAGCUGCCGUACGACUUGAAGGAUUGCCACAGGAAGGACAAGCCGUCGUCAGCUAACAUGGCCAUGUUGAACUACUUGCCUUGGGGUAGCAGCGAUGAGAGAAUCGGUAACAUGGCCCAUACCGAUAUGGGGACACUGACUGUUGUCUUCUCCAAGUCUGAUGGUCUUCAGGCCAUGCUGCCUGGGUGUGAUGACUGGUCCUUUAUCCCACCCAAAGAAGGCCAUGCUGUUGUAAAUGUUGGAGACUCGCUGCGGUUUCUGUCCAAUGGCAUGUUGGCUUCAUCCCUCCACCGUGUCGUGCCACCACCAGAUUCAGUCGGCCAAGACAAGUUCUCCGUCAUCUAUUUUUUGCGUCCCGAGUUUGACGCCAAGUUCAAAGAUCACGAUGGCAAAGAAAUCAACAGUGUUGAAUGGCAUAACAAGAAGUAUUCUCUGUUCCGGGAGGCCAGCCUUGAUGCCAAGACGCAUGGAGCCAUGCUGACUGGUAGGAGAGAAUAUCUUGGAGCAACAGGGGCUUGA